UCACUCAUUCCUUAAGGAAAUUAUUGGAAAGAAUGGAGCCAGUACUCUUUCUAGCGCUUGUUUUUCUUCUUCACGCUGCGCAUGGAGAGACACAGACCGGAAGUUGUAAAGACAUGUUACAGGGCUAUCUAACAGGACAGCUCUCAUCUGCGCUGGGAGCAAAUCAGGUAGAAGCUUUAAGGCGGGAAUUCAAAAGCUUUACUGAGGAUUUUAUGAAAAAGUUCAAAGAGGAUGAAGGUAAAGAACACAGAAAAAUUAUCUAUACAAGAUGGGGAAAAAAUUCUUGUCCCUGUAACGCCACCCUCGUAUAUUCAGGAUACGCCGGAGGAUCGAAUCAUUUGCAUUCAGGAGCUGCUGUUGAACUUCUUUGUUUACCAAAGGACCCAGAAUGGGGGAUAUACACUGAUGGGUAUAAUGGAGCUAAGGCAUUUGUGUAUGGGACAGAAUACGAAACAAAUUAUAACCCUGAUCACCUGUCCUCAUUCCAAAACCAUGAUGUACCAUGUGCUGUGUGCCUUGUUCCAAAUAGAUCCGUCGUACAAAUGUUCCCAGCAAGAAAAACCUGCUACAAAGGUUGGAACCUUGAAUACCGGGGUUACUUGAUGGCAGGCUAUUAUGGUCAUCCGGCUGCGACAAAAUACACGUGUGUGGAUGAGAGCCCAGAUACCGUACCAGGAGGUCAGGCUAAUAAGGAUGGUUACCUACUUUAUUACGUAGAAUCAGUCUGUGGUUCAUUGAAAUGUCCACCAUAUGUCAAGGGGCGAGAACUAGUUUGUGCUGUUUGUUCCAAAAAGUGAGAAAUAAAUUGUGUUUU